UAUUAGUAAUAAUAACGCAGUUGUUAUUGAUCGCAACAUUAAUAAUAAUAAUAACGGUAGCAAUGUACCUACCUGUACUGUUACUACAACUAAUAAUAAUAAUAAUAGUUAUAAUAAUAAUAAUUAUAAUAAUAAGAAUACAAAUGAUUGUAAUAAGAAUAAUAAUACAAAUAAUCAUAUUAGGAAAGCUACAACUUAUACUGAUAUCUCUAGCGGUAAUAAUAAUCAGCUUAACAAUACUAUUUCUUCUUCAAGUAAUAAUACCGUUAAUAAACAGAUGAAUAAAAAUACUCCUACUACUACUACUACUACUACUGCUGCUACCGCUGCUACUACUACUACUAUUAAUAAUAAUAAUAACAAUCAUAAUAAUAAUGACGUUUGUGUGAGCGAAAAUGGUGAUAAACUAACCAACUGCUGGCCCAGAGAUUGGCUGGCGGCCGACCAAUCAGAUUUGAGGAUUCUGUCCGUUGACUACGACACCCAGCUCACUCAUUGGAUGUCUAAUAAUAGAUUUGAAAGGAAAACGCUGAAGGAGCAGAGUUUAUUGCUGUUGGACUCUCUGGUCAGAGCUGGUGUUGGUGCCAGACCAUUCGUUCUAGUUGGUCAUUCUAUGGGAGGCCUCAUAGCGAAGCAGAUGUUAAUUGAAGCUAACGAAAGAAAUUAUAAAGAUUUUGUUGACAAUAUCAGUGGCCUGGUGUUCUUCAGCGUGCCACACAAAGGCUCCUCCCUUGCCACCUACAGUCGAAGCGCCUCUUACAUCCUACACCCCACGGAUGAAAUUUUGCAGCUUGUUGAAGGAUCAGGAUUGUUGGAAGAUAUGCACAACAAGUUCACUCAACUGGUCGUCAGUCGGCAGAUCAAACUGCUCAGUUUCACGGAAGGAGAGGUCACGAACCUGCCGUUCAAAAUGAAGGCCAAGAUUGUAUCUGAAGUUUCGAGCGAUCCAGGUCUUGGAGAGUUCUACAUAAUGAAGGAUUUGAACCACAUCAACAUUUGCAAGCCGGCCAGCAAAAAAUCACAGAUAUACAUAAGAACCAGAGAGUUCAUCAGAUCUUGCGCUUAUAAAGAUAAAGCAAUCUAAUCGAAAUUGAACACUAUUUAAUAUUUUCACGUUUCAAUAGUUCCAUAUUUUGUAUAAUUUAUUUAUUUUGAAUUGCUUUUAAUUGUAUCAAUAUAAAUUGUGCAAUAUCAUUAUGAGCUUUGAAAAUGUAAUUGAUGAAGUAAAUAGCCACUAAAUACGCUGUCACACUCCUCCUCCUUUGCCUCACUGACUCUAUUUUGAAUAAAAAUUUCAUACAUAUUGUUUGUGAUUUCCAACGCAAGAUGCAUGUAGAAGGUUCAUCGGGUAGUUUAUUACAUUUGUUAAAAUUUUGUGUCUUUCAAAUAAGUUAUUUUAUUUAUUAAAAGUAAAACUAA